AUGUCCGUCUCUGCUCGAACACUCACACCAAAAACAAAAGUUGUCCUGUCAGCCGUUACUUCGUUCGAUCUCCCAUCAAUAUGUGAACCUGAGAUGGAGGCUACGGCGAAUGAUCCUAUUACGGACUUGAUCACACCUGUCCAUUUGCGCCCUCCACACGAUCUUCGAGUUGUUCGAGCAGUAACGAGGUUACAAGAAGAUCUUAACAAUGCGAGCAACAUGGAAAUCAAGGCUUGUCUAGAAGACACGGGCGAGAUCGUUGGCUUUGCCAAGUGA